UUAUAUGUAUAUAUAGAUUAUGUAUAUAUUUAUAUAUAGAUUAUAUAUAUAUAAUAUUUAUAUAUAUAGAUUAUUUAUAUGUAUAUAUUUAUAUAUAUAGAUUAUAUAUAUAUAAUAUUUAUAUAGAUGGAUUAUAUAUAUAUAUAUAUAUACACACACACACAGCAUGCUCAUGUUUAUGUUUCUGACCGGUUCUCUUUGAAAACACUUUAUUGAUCCCAUGUUGACUUCAGUGUGUGUGUCUGUGAGUGUGUCUUUGUGAGUGUUGUGUGUCCUUGAGUUUGGUCUGUGUGUGUGUUUGGGGGCUACUGAGAACUCGGUUUAUCUUAAUCUAAUCUCACCUAAUGUGUAAAUUGAUGUCUAUGAGUAUGUAAACGAGACAACAACAACAACAACCAACAAAAAGGUGUACUGUGGCUUUAAAUGACAACACCUCCCAGCAGUCACCGGGUCCUCGGUGAGUUUCGCUGCACCGCCGUGGCGCUUACCACACACACACACACACACACACACACACACACACACACACACACACGUCAGCCCAGCACCCAGGAAGGAGCCGUCUGAAUCCGGGUCAGCGGAGCGCGCGAGGGAAGCUGCGCGACCGGCUGCUCCAGAGUUCUGCUCCUGUGUCCAGAGGAGGACUCGAGCUGGACCAACGGAACCGGACCAAUUACCGGGGAGCAACACCGGAGGAGGACUCUAACACGACAGCAGAAGUGUAGCGGCGGCUGCUGUUCAUCUGGAGGACAUACCAAUAUAUAUAUAUUUCUAUAUAUUUAUUUAUAUACCAGUCGGACAUGGCCCCCUGGUGCCGGUCUCCACUCCUCCGGUUCUAGUCCCACGCGGCACAUCUCUCUCCUCUCCGGUGAAGUGAGGACCGGACCGGUGGACCCUGUCCCGGAGUGGACCCUGUCCCGGUGUGGAUCCCGUUCCCGCGGCUUCCACCUGUCGCCUCAUGGGGAACCAGGUGGAGAAGUUGACGCAUCUGAAUUACGCAGAGGUGCCGUCGUCCGACCCCAACGGCUGCGGACCGGACGACGCGGGACCGCGCAUCGGCGUCUCGUACAUCUUCUCCAACGACGACGACGACGACCAGGACGACCAGCUGGACCGCUGCUCACCGGACAAACACCGGGCGGACCACGUGGAGAAGCCCUUCGACCCCCGGGACGAGCUGCCGUGCGCCGUCUACUACCGGGAGGAGCGCGUCUACGAGCGGAGCGCCGGAGCCGCGGCGCACCGGGCGGAGAGCCUCCUGAACAAGUGCAGACCGGGAGACCUGCUGGAGUUCGUGGCCGCGGGGCAGUACCCGCACUGGGCCGUGUACGUGGGGGACUUCCAGGUGGUCCACAUGCACCGGGCCGAGAUCAAGAACAACUUCCUCACGGACGUGAGCCAGGGCAAGAGAGGCCGCGUGGUCAACGGCCUCUACCGGUACCGCGCGCUACCGCCGGAGGUGGUCGUGCGCAACGCCCUGGACCACGUCGGGACCAGAGACCGGGAGCUGUACUGGAGGAACUCCGAGUGCUUCGCCGCGUGGUGCCGCUUCGGCAAACGGGAGUUUAAGAUCGGAGGGGAGAUCCGGAUCGGGAAGCAGCCGUACCGGCUCGAGCUGCCGCUCACCGAGAAGAAGAGUCACGUGCUGGAGUUCCAGAGCCUGGAGGACGUGGUGAUGGAGAAGAGGAGGAACGACCAGAUCGGAAGAGAGGCCGUGGCGCAAGAGCUGGCCGGCCACCUGAGCGCCGCUGACCGGUGGCCCGGCGCGGAGCUCCGUGAGAGGGGAACACCUCCGGGGACACUUGUUUCACUGUCAGGAGCCGAGAAGGAACACGAGUGAACGUGACGUGCACCUGAACACAACAUGACGUCAUGGUUGUGAUGGAGCUGCAGACUAAUCAUUUGGGGAAGACGUCAGGAUUGAGUUUCCUUAAUGAUCUUACUAAUCCAAAGACUCCAGUGACUCUUCUCUCCUCUCCUCUCUCCUGAGUGCUGCUGGGAUCCCUACAGACCGAUACCUGUGUCCUGGGCUCCUGAGUGGCCCCUGACCUCUCUGACCACUUCACUGCACUUUGACUUAUUCACCAUUUAAACACUUUAUUUUUUUGAAGAGAGAAAUAAAAGAUGUUUGUAUGAAGGAUGGAAAUAAAUAUAUAUUUGAACAGUAA